AUGUCAGAGGCGCCAGUGUCAUUGGACGGCUCGCAAUAUAUGAAUGAGUUCUUUGCGCAGGUCGAGGAAAUUCGGAAGUUCAUUGAGCGCAUCCAGGCUCUGGUAGAGGACGUGAAAAACAAGCAUGGAGACAUUCUCUCUUCUCCCAACCAGGAUGAAAAAACAAAGGCCCAAUUGGAGGAGUCGAUGGCUGAAAUCAAGAUGUUGGCUCACAAAGUUCGAGCCAAGCUAAAACAGAUGGAAAUGAACAUUGAGUAUGACGAGAACGCGGAUAAAUCGUCGGCAGAUUUGAGGAUUCGCAAAACGCAGUACUCCACAAUUUCUCGAAAUUUCAUCGAGGUGAUGACAGACUAUAACAAGGCUCAAGUCGCCUUCCGAGACGCUUGCAAGAAUCGGAUCAAGCGCCAAAUGGAGAUAGCCGAGCGGAAGAUUACUAAUGAGGAGCUGGAGGAUAUGCUGGAGUCUGGGAACCCCGCUAUUUUCACCCAAGAGAUUAUGACAGACACGCAGCAGGCAAAGCAAUCCCUGGCAGACAUUGAGGCACGCCACGAAGACAUUAUUAAGUUGGAGAAGAGCAUCAAAGAGCUCCACGAUAUGUUCAUGGACAUGGCCAUGCUUGUUGAGAGUCAGGGCGAGAUGAUCGAUAGGAUAGAGUUUAAUGUGGACCAGGCAGUGGACUACAUCGAGACGGCGAAAGCGGAUACCAAGAAGGCGGUAAAGUAUCAGAGCGCCGCACGAAAGGUAGCUCCCUCCGUCCUCGCCCCUCUUUAUUGUUGUAACACUGUUGUGCCAAAUACAUUUUAUGUUGUCAGCCCACUUGCCCCAAACCGGUGCCAACACAGACAGAGCAGUUGA